ACCUCAGCAAGUUCAAUACUACAAAUUAGAAUGAACAGCAGUGCUCGACGAUGUUUUCGAGCGCUGUCAAGAUACCGUGUGGGUUGCGGUCAACCGCACAUCGUUAACUCCACGGCCUUUUCGAGGCAAUAUGUGACUGGUGCCAGACAAUGGUCAACUCCGCUAGCAAAGAAGCUUGCUGAAGCAAUUGAUACUACCGGACCUAUCCCCGUAGCGACGUAUAUGCGCCAAUGCCUAACAUCCACCGAUGGCGGAUACUACACCACGAAGCAAGCCGACAGCGACCAGUUCGGCCGACAGGGGGACUUCAUAACAUCUCCUGAAAUAUCUCAAGUCUUUGGCGAGCUGGUUGGGAUCUGGAUCGUGGCAGAAUGUCUCUCACAACGCCAUGCAACGGGAGGGAUACAACUAAUCGAACUUGGUCCUGGACGAGGAACAUUGAUGGAUGAUUUACUUAGGACCGUCCGACAGUUCAAGCCAAUUGCGGACCGUAUCGAAUCAAUAUACAUGGUCGAAGCCAGUCCGCCUCUUCGAGAGAAGCAGCAACGGCUGUUAUGCGAUAGCCAGGAUGUUAAGGAGACUGAAGCCGGCUUUGAGGGCAUAAGCAAGCACUUGCCAGGCGCAAAAAUAGUGUGGUGUGAUCAGCUCAAAGAUGUCCCGAAAGACGCGAAUCGUAUGCCUUUCAUUGUCGCACACGAGUUCUUUGAUGCUCUCCCGAUCCACGUCUUCAAGUCAAUUGCCCCUGAUGAAAAGGCAUCAUCGAUCAUCACCACAAACAAUCCGCAUGCCCCUUCGCUCAAGAAACCAAACGAUUGGCGGGAACUCCUGGUUUCGCCGAUAGCUAACCCGUCAAAACUUAAGAUGUCUCCUUCGGGACAAUCCCAAACGGAGAGGGACGAUUUCCCCGAGUUCCAACUCAGCCCAGCCAACGCUUCAACGCCGCACAGCAUGCUGCUCCCCGAGACAUCUCUUCGUUAUCAGCGCUUGAAGACCAUGACCGGCUCCGUAGUGGAGAUAUCCCCCGAAUCACUUUCCCUAGCCGCCGAAAUAGCCAUGCGUAUUGGCGGAGGACCAGCGUCUAGUCCUACGUCCAAACGAUCCACGCACAAAGCUGCUUCUACUUUCCACAAGACCCCUUCUGGAGGUGCACUUAUCCUUGACUAUGGGCCAUUAUCCACCAUCCCGGCAAACACCCUUCGAGGUAUCAGGUCUCAUCAACUCGUUUCUCCCUUUAGCAAGGCCGGCUUAACGGAUCUCUCCAUCGAUGUCGACUUCACUGCCAUUGCUGAGGCGGCCAUCAAUGCUAGUGAAGGUGUCGAAGUGCAUGGCCCGGUAGACCAGGCGUUGUGGUUGGAAACGAUCGGGGGUCGGUCCCGCGUGGAUGCCUUAGUCCGCGGUGCAGAUGAGGAGAAGAAGAGUCGGAUCGAGGGAGCUUGGAAGCGGUUGGUUGACCGUGGUCCAACGGGGAUGGGCCAGCUUUACAAGGCAAUGGCUGUUCUGCCAUGCCUCCCAGGCAUGGAAGGGCGACGUCCGAUUGGAUUUGGAGGAGAUGUUGUUAUCUAACGCGUACAAAUAUACGUAUAUGUGUUCACGACGGGGCUUCAGACUCAUUUUCACCCCAUGUUGAAGUUUGAAGUGAGUGACAGUGUAUUUCCUCGCAUGAUUAUCAGGC